AAACUUUCCUGAGUUGAGGAUGAAGUGAGAGGCAGGACGCCAGCAGCUGUGUGAAAAUGUCUGUUUAGCCACUAGUCAGGAGAUUACUUCACAUCAUUAUGCUGCUGGCUCUUCUUCUGCUCCUGAGUCUUUGCUCUGGCGCUCGCUCCUCUGAGCCAUCAUCAGUAACCAUCCAGUAUCGGGUUUGGGAAGAACAGCCUGCAGGCACCAGGGUCGGCCGUUUGGUGGAUGACCUCCGCCAAAGAGAUGAAGGUGGUCCUUUUGAGGAUUUCCAGGUGGUGGAGCACGAAAAAGCCCUUCCCUUCUCUGUCAGCACUCGAGAUGGGAUCGUGUCCACCCAGGGCCGGCUGGACAGGGAGGAGCUGUGCCGGGGGUCAGACCUGUGCGAGCUGGCCUUUAGCGUCCUCUACAGGAAGAGUGGUGCUGUGAACUGCCUGCGGGUUCGGGUGGAGGUGAUGGACCAGAAUGAUCACAGUCCCAGCUUCCCCAGUGCAGUGCAGGAAGUGGAGAUCUCAGAGACAGCUGGCCUCAGGAUGCGAAUCCCUUUGGACCGGGCUGUGGAUCCUGAUGCAGGACCAAAUGGCCUCCAGACCUACUCCCUGUCAGUCAACCAACACUUUGCUCUGGAUGUGACUGUAGCUCCAGGUGGGACAAAGCAGGCUGAGCUGGUGGUGAUCAAAGAACUGGAUCGGGAGUUUCAGGCCUCAUUUGAUCUCACCCUGGUGGCAUGGGAUAAAGGGAACCCCCCCAGGUCUGGCAGCACAUUAGUCCGUGUUAAUAUUCAAGACUCUAAUGAUAACAGUCCCAUGUUUGAGGACAGCACCCCCACUGUGGAGCUACCUGAGGACAUAGCCCGUGGGACGACCAUCAUCAACCUCAAGGCUACUGACCCUGACCAAGGUGCGAAUGGGGAGGUGGAGUACUCACUCAGUAAGCACACUCGUCCGGAGGUUCAGAGGCGCUUCUAUGUGGAUCCAAAAACUGGAGCUGUGAGUCUCUUAGCUCCCCUGGACUAUGAGGUCCAGACCUCUUAUGAAGUGAUCAUACAGGCCCGUGAUCGCGGGCCGAAUGCGAUUCCCACGCACUGCAAACUGCACGUCAAGCUUAGCGAUGUAAAUGAUAAUGCACCAAGGAUACACAUGACCUGGACUCCACCUAACUCACCAGUGGCGACUGUCCUAGAAGGAGCCCAAGAAGACACCUUCCUCGCUCUGGUGAUGGUUUCUGAUGCAGAUUCAGGAAACAAUGGCAAAGUGAGAGCACAAAUUCAGCAAGGAUCAGGCCCUUUCCGCCUUAAACGUAUCCAUGGCGACAAUUACAUGAUUGUCACCAAUGGCAGCCUGGAUCGAGAGAUGGUGAUGCAUUAUAACAUCACUCUCCUUGCCCAGGAUUAUGGAGAUCCCCCACUGUCUUGUAUCAAACACUUGCCUGUCCAUGUUCUGGAUGAGAAUGACAACGCCCCUGUGUUCUCCACCUCCAUCUAUAAGGCAUCCUUCAAGGAGAACAACUUGGCAGGCUACCAGGCUUUAAAAGUAGAAGCCACCGAUGUCGACUUGGAGCUCAGCGGAAGAGUGUCCUACUUCAUACGCAAUGGCAAUGAAGUAGAAUCUGACACAGAGUCUUUCUCCAUUCACCCAACAAGCGGCAUCAUAAGCGUCAAGCUUCCACUGGACUACGAGGAUUCCCAUGCCUACUCUUUCAUUGUAGAGGCCGUCGACCAGGGUCAUCCGCCUCUCACCAGCACAGCCACAGUGCAAAUCGACAUCCAGGAUGUGAACGACAACUACCCAGUCAUCAAGGAGCCCAAACCCAGAAAGGGUGUGGCUUCUCUAAGUGUUCCUGUCAAUGCAGACAGGGGGGAGAUUGUGACCGAGCUUGGGAAUGACAUGGAAGAGGCAUCCACCACUUUGCCGAUCAAUCACUCAGUCAGAGAGGUUGGGUUCCUUGCAUCCACCAUAAGAGCAGAAGACCCCGACUCGGGGCUGAGUGGACAACUCAGCUACCUCAUCACUGAUGGGAACGCUUAUGGAUUGUUCUGGUUGGACGAGUCUACAGGGCAGCUGUUUGUUAACACCACCAACGCUACUGAGCUAAUCGGGAAGACUUUUAAGGUCGACAUUGCUGUGUCUGACAUGGGCAGUCCCAGCCUGGCCACUAAGGCAACUCUAGAGGUGACUUUCAUCAAUCUCAAGGACCACCUGAAGAAUUCGUCACCAGGUAACCGCGGACAGCUCAGCUUCACCAUGAUGAUGGCGAUCUGCCUGGGUGCCACCUGCCUGCUGCUUCUGCUGGCUGUUGCUUUGGUGACAACGUUCUGCCGCCCAGAGAAACGGGACAACCGGGCUUACAACUGCAGACAGGCAGAAUCGACAUACACCCGCCACCCACGGCGCCCUCAGAAGAACAUUAGGAAGUCAGACAUCCAGCUAAUUCCCGUCAUUAGAGGGCGAAAAGAGGAUCCUCCUGAAGAUGACAGUGAAGCCCAGCCUCUUUCUUCGACUCAAAUGACGUCAGAGGAUCUACAAACUGAGCGACAGUAUACGUUAACGCCAUCAAUCAUGAACACUAGCUUCCAUUCCCAAGGCUACCCAGAAGGGGAUGCCACUCAGUCUCAACCCCACCACAGCAGAACGCUUCGGAAACCUGGAAACAUUGAACUUGAUGGCUCUUCACCUCUGACACCCGCCAUGUCCUACCGGACUCUUCAACCAUCCAGGAACCCUUCAUCAUCCUCUUCAGUAUCACAUUCGAGCACUUUGAAGCGCCAGACUCGUGCUGAGGGGGAAAACGAGGAAGUGCAGUGUUCAGCAUCUCAGGCAACUCUCAGGAGGCCAAAGACCUCGGAGGGACGAGGGGGGCACGAUGCAGAACAUCGGCAGAUGCUUCGUAACCUGGUUCGCCUGUCCAUGGCUGCGUUUGGAGACUCCAUAGAGCUUUCAUCUGCUUCUCCAGAAGUGCAGCAGAUCUCCCAGCUCCUCUCCCUCCUCCGGCAGGGUCAGCUGCAGCCGAGGCCAAACUUCAGGGGGAACAAAUACUCUCAUCGCAGAUAUGGAGGUCAGGACUGCUCUGAUUGGCAGAGCACCAAAGACAGCGGACACGGUGAGAGCGAGGCUGGAGAUGUCGACUGGGAACCAGGAAGAGAGUCGCCCAUAGACCCACAGCUGGAGGAGGGGCUUAACAACCUGCUCAACAACGCAGAUGAUGUCUUCUCGGAGGUCAACGAUCCAGCGUGGAUGGCCAGACUCUCUCUACCCCUCACUGCUGAUUACCACGACAACGUUUUUGUCCCCAAUGGACCUCCAUCCACUGACAGCGAGCUGCUUCCCCGCGACGCCCUGGACUCCUCAUCAUUCUCCACCUUUGGUAAAACUCCAGAGAAGGACGGCCCACUGGGCGGCGCCCUCCUGUCAGAGGUCAGCACUCUGUUUGAGAUGCUGAUGACGCAGAAAGCUGACGCCCACCCCGGCCCGCGGCCUGACGUCCUGUACCGACUCUCUGCAGCAUACCGCCGCUCGCUUGGAUUGGAUGGCACCGCUAUGACCGUCCCAGGCAACGCACCAAGGAACUCUGGGAACACAGAGAAGAGGUCGGGUGUGGCUCCAACCUCAGGACUAUAUCAAUAAGUUUCUUACGUGACACGUUACACUGGAAAAGACUGAGAGCAGACUAGUAGCUCAGAUCAGGAAAUGUUUCCUACGCCUCUGUGUCUGAGGAGUAUUUUGGGAUUUUAGAGGCAUUAAUGAUCAAAUAUCAUAUCAUUAGAUAUGACAGCACCUGUAAAUACUGCCAUGAUUAAUUAUUUUUUGUAGAAUUAGAGGUUACUUAUAAAAGGAUGUGUCACUUCCAAAGAGGACUAAGAGUGAACAUGAAGCUGAUGUCUGGCUCAUUAUAUUCACACUAAUCUGACUGUUGUGGGUGCUUUUGUAGCUCUGGUCCUGGUCACAUAUUCAGGCUCAAAGAUUGGAGAGGCGGCGUGAUGCCAUUUGAGAAUUGAGGUCUAUAAAUAUUCUGGCACCGAUGUCCAGACUCAGGAAUGGAGAGAUGAAACAGAGGAGCUGAGGAAGUAUUGAUUUUAUGCAAACUCAUGCAACUUUAUCUAUUUCUUUGUAAAAUUCACAACUGUAAAGAAACAAUUCUGUAGGGAUACAGAACAAGAAAAAAAAAACAAAAAAA